GGCGAAACUUUUUCGAUAGCGGCAGUUUGCUAAACUUUUCGUCACUUUCCAGUAUAUCACGCUUCCAGUCGCUGCUUUUUAGGUUAAUUGAGUAGGCUGUGGAAAAAUGUCUCGCGUUGUUUUAUACCUCGUUUCCACGCUGCUGCUUGCUGGAUUAGCUGCUGCAAGUUCCGAGCCGCAUCCACCUGAAGUCACGCAAGCCAAGAAAAUUGAUGAUGAAGCAAAGAAGGCUGUCAACGCGGUUUCCACGGAAAUAAAAGCCAAGGCCAAGGUCAGCAGAGGCACCAUUCUCCUUCCGGAGACGUACGCCAACCAGUUGGAUUUUUAUGCCGGCGUCAUCCGCUCUGUCUACUUCGUCAAGAUCCGACUUGGAGGUGGUCCGGCAGGAACAUACAUCCACGCCAAGAUCAAACGAGAGGACAAGGGCAAAUACAAUUUAUGGGGUAUCAAGAACGUUAGAAAAGAGGAUCCGAUCGUCUACUUUAACUAAAACAACCGUCUUACCAUCCACGCUGUGUACUGCAACAGUGAAACACCACUAAAUUUUCUCUUUUGUAAUACUCUUUUAGCAGGCAGUUCAAGGUCAUGUGAAUAAUUCGCACUUUAUUUAGCGCGAUAUUUGGCUCAGUGUCAGUUGUUCGACAGUUCUAUACAUUUACGCUAACUGCAUGUGUUUGAAUAAUGUUACGUGGGUUGAAACAUACGAAUAAGCAAAUGUUGACAGA